GCAGCAGCAGCAGCAGCAGCAGCAUGGACAUUACCAUCCAGCACCCCUGGUUCAAGCGUGCUCUGGGACCCCUCAUUCCAAGCCGUUUGUUUGACCAGUUUUUUGGAGAGGGUCUCCUCGAGUAUGACCUCCUGCCUCUGUUCUCGUCCACUAUCAGCCCCUACUACAGGCAGUCCCUCUUCCGCAGCGUGCUGGAGUCGGGCAUUUCAGAGGUGAGGUCUGAUCGGGACAAGUUCACAAUCAUGCUGGAUGUAAAACACUUCUCUCCCGAAGACUUGAGCGUGAAGAUUAUUGACGACUUUGUGGAAAUCCAUGGCAAGCACAGUGAAAGGCAGGAUGACCAUGGCUACAUCUCCCGGGAAUUCCACCGCCGGUACCGCCUGCCCGCCAACGUGGACCAGGCUGCCAUCACCUGCUCGCUGUCCAACGAUGGCAUGCUGACCUUCUCGGGCCCCAAGGUCCCCUCCAACAUGGACGCCAGCCACAGCGAGAGGCCCAUCCCCGUGUCCCGGGAGGAGAAGCCCAGCUCGGCGCCCUCCUCCUGA